UUGCACGUGUCUGCACAUGGCUCGCACCGAUUAUCCUCCCGCAUCUCAACAUGUUUUCCAUCACUUUGGUAAAUAUUGACAGUUAUCAGACGUCCCCGGUACCCGAGCUGGACGUGACAUUCUCGGAGUUCCGUGGCUCCGAAGUGAAAAAGGUACCGAUAAUCAGAGCGUUCGGAUCAACUGCCACGGGCAAGAAGACAUGCUUGCACAUUCACGGUGUCUUUCCGUACAUGUAUGUCGCGUGCACUGUUCGGGAGAAUACGGAUAGCUAUGCUUAUCAACUGGCUGCGGCGAUCGAUUCUGCGCUGAACACAUCCUUCGGUUCAGCUUUGUCCAGCAGCCAACACGUCUACAAGAUCCAGCGAGUGUCGGGAAUACCUUUCUACGGUUAUCACGAGAAGGAACACUUGUUUUUUAAAAUAUAUUUUUAUAAUCCAGCCAUAAUUAAAAGGACAGCGGAUUUGCUGCAGAAUGGUGCUGUUCUCAAUCAAACUCUGCAGCCGUACGAGGCACACAUCCCAUAUAUUCUGCAAUUCAUGAUAGAUUACAAUCUCUAUGGCAUGAAUUUAAUAAAUUUGAACAGCGUAAAGUACAGGCACCCUUUGCAAGGAUGCGCAAGAGAAGACAGCCAAAGCAGAUCUACAAUGGAUUUGCUAGACACGCAAACGUACCUUCCGAUAUCCGUAACGAGACAAAGCAUGUGCGAGUUGGAAGUGGACGUGCACGCUUCAGAGAUUCUGAACGGGCAAGGUGUCACCAAAAAUAUGGAGCUGAAUCCUGGUCUUGCCGCGAUCUGGGACGAGGAGAAAGCAAGGAGGGCCGAAGCUGGUCUAGAAGACGCAAAGUCGCAAUUAUUAUAUCCCAAAACUCCCAGCAAAAUUAUUUUACCUCCAACGAGUAGUGAUCUUUUUCAAGAGGGCCAAUUAUUGAAAAGACUGAACGCUAUAUCACAA